ACAAAAUUAGAAUAGCUAAUGAAAGUAAAUUGAUGAAAAAACCAUAGUUUUUUGCGAUAAUUUAACGGUAAAUUAGGUUAAUUGGUUUGAAAAAUUAAGUUUAUUUACUUAAAUGAAAAGUUUUUUUCAUGUUAUAGUGAAUUUUGUUAUUAAGAACAAAAUGAAGGCUGUAGCGUUGUUGUGCCUGCUCGCGCUGUUCUGUGGCGCCCUCGCCAAGGGGAAGAAGGAUGACCACAAGGUGAAGAUAGCAGUAUACUACGAGUCUCUCUGCCCCGACAGCAAGCGCUUCAUCACGUCGCAGCUGGCGCCCGUGUGGAGGGACUUCCGAGGAGUUGUGAAGGUCAAGAUGGUGCCUUAUGGCAAGAGCACGCAUGACAAAGUGAACGGCAAGUGGCAGUUCACAUGCCACCAUGGACCUGAUGAGUGCUACGGUAACAAGAUCCAGGCGUGCAUCCUGAAGGACAGGAACCUGCAGGACACGGAGAAGAUGGAGCUGGUCAUCUGCCUCAUGAACCAGCCCAACCCUGACAAGUCGCUCGACACGUGCCUGGCCCAAAUCAGCAAGGACUCGGAAUCGACCAAGCUCAAACGCUGUGCAUCAUCAGACCAGGGCGACAACCUGCUCGCCACCUACGGAGACAAGAGCGACACCGUCCAGCGCCCUCUCGCGUUCGUGCCUACUAUUAUUGUUAAUGAGAAAUUCGACCAAGCAAUCCAAGACGAGGCGUUCACGGAUCUAAAGGCGGUGGUGUGCCGCGUCGCAGUUAACAAGCCAUCUAUUUGCUAGAACUUCAUCAUAAAUAGACUACCUUUCUUUAAGUUUUAGUAUAAUACGUACAAUUUACCCAGGUGAUGAUAAUAUUGUACCCUAAUCCCCACAGUUUUUAGCCUAGUAUAGUAAGAACCAAAGUUUCUGGCGGCUAGAAACAUCGUAGGUAUUAGCGGUUGAAGGAGGUAAGCGAAGGUUAAGCCAUAUGAGCGGUCUGCGCUCUGAAGUUAGCAGCGAGCCGCCUUUAAGUUUGGUUCGUGCUAUUCAAAAGCUCAUUUUGAAAAUGUUAACAAUACUUUUGUAAUGAUGAUGAUGAUGAUGAUGAUGAUGUCCUCCUAGCCGAUUGUCGGCUACGGCGGCUGUUCUCAUGUAAGGAGAUUAGCCAACUACGCAGGACAUAUUAUAGUGCACGAGCA